AUGCCGACAUUCCGCAGUGAAGAUAUACCGGACCUCCAAGGCCAGGUCAUCAUCGUAACCGGCGGCAACGUAGGCCUAGGUUACGAGACAAUCCGCCAACUGAGCCAGCACAACCCAGCCCGAAUCUACCUUGCCGCGCGGUCCAGUGCUAAAGCCGAAAAGGCUAUCGCAGACCUCAAGCAGUCAAACCCAGCCUACACAAACAUCAGCAUCCUGGAACUGGACCUCGCCUCCUUCACCAGCAUCAAGUCCGCGGCCUCCACCUUCCUAUCCCGCGAACCCCGCCUCGACAUCCUAAUCAAUAAUGCCGGAAUCAUGAUGACCCCCGAAGGCCUCACAGCGGACGGCUACGAGAUCCAAUUCGGCACCAACGUCCUCGGCCCCGCCCUCUUCACUCAACUCCUCCUCCCCACCCUUCGCGCAACCGCAGAACUAAAUCCGCAGACCCGCAUGGUCAUGCUCUCCUCCGCUGCGCAUGCCCGUGCCCCCAGCGACGUCUACAACUUCGACGAGCUCCGCACCACCGCGCCGAAUCGGCAUACGACGGAGCGAUAUACGACCUCCAAGCUGGCAAAUUUGCACUACGCGCGUGCGCUGGCUGAGCGUGAGAAGAGCGUGAAGAUAAUCCCCGUGCAUCCGGGGAUGGUGGCGACUAAUCUCCACCAUGCGUCGACAGGGACGUUUCUGAAGCCGUUUUUGAAUGUUGCGGUUUGCUUGGCUGCGACGCCGGUUGAGAAGGGGGCGCUGUCGCAGAUUUUUGCGGCUGUUAGUCCUGAUGCAAAGAGUGGGCAGUAUUAUGGGCCCAUUGGGAAAGAGGAGGCGGGCUCCAAACUCAGUCAGGAUCGGGAGCUGCAGGAGCGGUUGUUUAGAUGGGUGCAGGGGGAGCUUAGGGGGCAUGUUGCGGUGACGGAGUAG